AUGUCAUCUUCUUCUAUACCUCAACGUCUAAAUGCUCCCUCCUCCUCACAAUCCAAUGUCUCUCCUAAGAGCACACGGUCUCGCGUUUCUCCAGGCGGAUCACCCCAAACUGGACAAUCGGCAAGUCCUCGAGCUUCACCCAGGACCAGCAGUUCCGGUGCUAUAGACCUCGAGACAAUCAUUAGAGCAAGUGGAGGGGAUGUAAGGAAGGCAUUAGAGAUAAUGGUAGCAGAGAGGAAUAAUCUUCAAGCGCAAAACACACAAUUGUGGAAGUUGAUUGAAAAGCAACGGGGACAAUGUGCAACUUUAGCUUCGGAUAAUGAUAGACUACGUCACGAUAGAGAAAAAGCAAAUGAGAGGUUGACGAACGCUGGAUUAGAAGCUAUUGCCGUAAACAAACGCUUGUCCAAUAGUUCAAGCGUUGUUGGGUUGGGACUGAAAGCCGAACAACCUCAAAUCAGACGCCAUAACUCAGACCGAGACGAUACUCCUACCAAAGAAUCAGUCGGACAAUUGUCUGUGGACAAUUCGACUACUAGCUCGCCUGUACAAGAACAACCUCCUUCCGGUCUUCUACCUUCCCCUAUACCUGAUAGGAAAAUGAGAAGAGAAAGUAAAAUGAUAUUUCCUCCAGAGGUUUCCACCUUUAUGAGUCUUGCUGAUUCUCCUAGAGAUGCGACACAUGUGAUACCGAAUAUGCCACCAAGUCACAGCUAUAACACCCUCAGUCCAGCUUCACAGUAUUCCGCAAGUCCUAGUGUCAAUGGAAGGGAAGAAAUUGGUGUGGUACCGCCCCCAUCAUCUAGAGCAUUGGCUGCGACAACCGAAAUUUCCGAGCCCACAAGACUAAAAGAACAAUUGGAUUCUAUACCUGAGCGCCCACCACCUCGUGAAUCGAGCAUGAAGUCUCCUACACCAGAUAGGAACUCGACGAAAUCGCCUGUUCAGUCCGUAUCCGACACCAUGUCGACUACCAUGUCACUGGAAGAACCAAUCAGAUCCUCAUUUGAUUCAUCACAACUUCGGAAAUCCCACGAUACUACCCCUCGCCCUUCACUAGAACCUCAACCAGAAGCAAGCCAAUCCAGUUCAGUCGUGAAUGAUAUCCGAUCUCGUUCAAUGAUGACUCCUGCUUUGUUAUCUUACUCUAGGAUAUCGAUACCGAAUAGUACGGUGUUCCCCAACAGUAGUGGAAGGGAUGUAUUGUGUUUUAUCAUUACAAUAACCGCUCGUCCCCCAAAUUCUCAUCCAAUAACUUGGAACGUAGCCAAGCUGUUUAGCGCGUUUCUAGAUCUUGAUACGAAGAUCAAAGCCAAAUCUGGUAAAAGGAGUAAAGAAUGGAAACAAAUGGUGACAGCUCUGCCAGAAGGAAGAGCUUGGAAGGAUUUCGCUCCAGGCAAGAUCGACCAAAGGAAAUCUGCACUAGAAGCGUAUCUCCAAUCUCUUCUUCUGGCGCCAAUCAGCGAUAAAACCGAUUUAUGCCAUUUCCUCAACAGCGACCAUGUCAAAGCCAAAGCAGAAAGCGCAAAGAAGGAAGGUUAUCUGACGAAAAAGGGAAAGAACUUCGGUGGUUGGAGAACGAGGUAUUUCGUGUUAGAAGGUCCGGUAAUGGAAUAUUACGAAUCACGUGGAGGGAAUCAUCUCGGAUCAAUAUCGAUCACAAAUGCUCAGAUAGGUAGACAAAAUCGUCCGGCUGAAUCUACCGAUGAGCGAAACUUCCGACACGCUUUCUUGAUUAUAGAGGCAGCCAAAAGAGGUACUACCAACAGACAUGUGUUAUGUGCCGAAAGUGAUAUGGAAAGGGAUAGCUGGAUUGAGAUGCUUGUGCGAUAUGUCGAUCCCGAGCCUGUCAUGCCGAUCGUCCCGCAAACUUCAGUUCCAGCAUCGUCAUCGUCGUCUUCUUCGGGUCCCGGUCUCAUUAGGAAACGAAGUCAAUCCAAAAAGAGCGGCAAGGAUGUUGUUGUCACUGCGGCUCAGCCUAUGCCCACCCUCGGAACAGACUCCAAGUUUGCCGGUGCUCCUUCGCCUAGUCUAAUCAAUUCCAUGGAAUCUCAAAAGGCUAUUCAAAGCAGCCAAUCUACUUCCUCACAAGCUUCCAACCCAUCAAUAUCUACGCAGUCUUCUGGACUUCCUCAGACACCUACAAUUGAAAGCAGAAAUGCACAUCCUCAAGCAACCAAACUCUCUCAUCACUCGAGCUCGUCUCAUGGCAGUGCACCGAUGACAAUGGUGACAAGUCCCUCAUCCGACCUCCUAUCCAACUCCCCACCUACAAACUCCGAUCCUACGCCUCGUGCAAAUGAACGGCAAAGUAUGAUGCCUGGACGACCGGCAUACUCGCCUGCUUACCUGACCAGCCUAUCAAAUCAAGGAUUGAAUGCACCCCCAGGCCUAAGUGCCGAGAAAGAGAGGGACCGAAAAGCGAAGAGUAGAGGUUUUUGGGGAUUCGGCAAAACACCUGAAAAGGUUACCAGACCAGUUUUUGCUGUUCCACUCACCGAAUCAAUCGCCAUUGCUUCAGUUGCCAAUCUACCGGCUAUCGUCUUUAGAUGUAUAGAGUGGUUAGAAGCGAAGCAGGCAGAACAGGAAGAAGGGAUAUAUCGGCUCAGUGGGAGCUCAGCAGUCAUCAAAGGUCUGAAAGAUAGAUUUGAUCUUGAAGGAGAUGUCAAUCUUCUGUCUGUAGAUGAGUACUGGGACCCUCAUGCUGUUGCUGGACUGCUGAAGACCUUCUUGAGAGAACUACCAACCAGUUUGCUCACGAGGGAACUGCAUGCUCGGUUCUUGGCUGUUAUGGACUUGAUCGAACCCUCUGCGCGAGUUGCCGAAUUAUCUCGCCUAGUCUCAGAGUUACCACCACCAAAUUACGCUCUCCUUCGUGCUCUCACCGCUCAUCUGAUUCUGAUUGUCCGCAACGCUCCAUUGAACAAGAUGACUUUGAGAAAUAUCGGUAUCGUGUUCUCACCCACACUUGGUAUACCGGCUGGUAUCUUUUCUGAACUAGUCAGCCAUUUCACUGCUAUUUUCGAUGAUGCUCCAAUGGAAGAUCCGACUAUUCAAGUUGGGAUCAAAAGUGAAGAAGAAGAUAUGGAAGAAACGAUCAAGAGGAAAAGGAAUAGCAUGCUCUAUCAGGCUGGAGGCGUAGACGCAAUGUUAGGUCUAACUGGAAGAGCGCUGGAUCCAUCCGCUGAGGACUCGUCUUCCGAAAUCUCACAUGAUGGAUCAGACUCUAGUAUUCACUCAGUCCCCUCCUCGGAUAAUCUCUCGAUAUCAAACAGUCUCACUCCUCGACCACACCAAGACAUCCCAAAUAACUUUCCUUCUAGUGGAGGAUCGCUUAACGCAAAGGCAACUUCCAGAGCGCAAGAAAGAGGCUUGGCACUUGAACCGACGAAUGUAAUUUCAACAAACAAUCUGCGCCGGGGAUCUGACGCUCGUACGAACGGUUUGCCAUCUAGUCCUAGACCUGAGAUGGGGUCUGUACCUAGUCCAAGGAAAGAUAGGGAGGUAUCCGUUUCAUAA